CGCGCGCUGCUUCAUUCACUAGCAGCUCUAGCUUUCUGUAUUAUUACAACACGUCGCUUUGGUGAGUCAGCACGGCAAUUACCCACAGGAUUACUAUCAAAAUAAAGCCCGGGAAGGAUUAACUCUCCUGAGAAACCGCGCUUUGGAUAGUUUGUGAUUGGAUAUAUCGUUACUUCCUCGGCGGAAACAUUCAACAGAGUACAAUGUGUGACCUCAGCAUGGACCAGGUGACUCCUCUGUCAUCAGGCUAUCGAUGCCUGAAGAGGCAGGUAGCUUUGGAGCUGUUUGAAGACCCCAUGUCUCUGUUCUCGGGGUUUUACCCAUUAGUGGAGGAGGAGCAGGCAGCUCAGGAGGUCCCGUCAGGUUUGGAGUGUGCUCCACAAGACCUGGGACCAUGCUCCGUGCCUCUGUUGACUCCUUGCAGCAAAGCAGUGAUGAGCCAGGCUCUGAAAGACAGUUUCAAUGGUUUUAGCAAAGUCCAGCGCAUCUGGGGUAUCUCUAACAACCCACGGAAAUGGAACAAGCAGCAUGUCCAACAGUGGCUGCACUGGGUCUCUGGAGAGUUCAGCCUCACCAAUGUGAACUUCUUCAAGUUUGAUAUGAGCGGCCAGGAGUUGUGUGACCUGGGAAAAGAGGGUUUUUUGGAUUUAGCUCCAGAUUUCGUGGGCGAUAUUCUUUGGGAGCACCUAGAACAGAUGAUGAGAGAUUUCAGCGUGGAGGACACACAGUAUGCACUGCAGGCAUCAGACAGCACUGGUAGCCUCCUAAGGGAGCUAUUUGAGGCCCCAGCUAGUCCCACCCCUCUGAUCUCCAAGCCAGAUUUCUCCAUGUUCCCCAAACCUCAACUGAGCACGGUGAACGUCAGUUACAUCAGUCAGGAAUUCCCAAAUGGCAAAGCACAGCCACGCCUUAACACACACUUCUCAUCCCAUGAACAGACCUCUGUUGAGAGUGUGGACAGUGUGGAGGGAACCGAGCGUGUCCUGCACUCGUGGGGCAGUCAGUCAUCCCUGGCCGACACCCAGCGCGUGCCGUCUUAUGACAGUUUUGAUGACGAGUACAGCACAGUGCCGCUGAGCCUGGGCAAGCAGGGCCUGUCCUUCAAAGACUAUGUACAGGAGAGAAACGAGCCGCUGGAGCAGGGCAAGCCUGUCAUCCCUGCCGCUGUGCUUGCUGGAUUCACUGGAAGUGGCCCUAUCCAGCUGUGGCAGUUUCUGCUGGAGCUCCUGACCGAUACAACCUGCCAGGGCAUCAUCAGCUGGACUGGAGAUGGCUGGGAGUUCAAACUCACUGACCCUGAUGAGGUGGCGCGUCGCUGGGGUCGCCGCAAGAAUAAGCCCAAGAUGAACUAUGAGAAGCUAAGCCGUGGCCUGCGCUACUACUAUGACAAGAACAUCAUCCACAAAACAGCUGGCAAGCGCUACGUCUACCGUUUUGUUUGUGACCUUCAGAACCUCCUGGGCUACGCUGCUGAGGAGUUACACGGCAUGCUGGGAGUGCAGCCUGACACUGAGGACUGAACCAAGCAAAUGCCUCUAGGAGGGGUGUGUUUGAUGGAGAAGGGGAAGUGCCCCCUGAUGUCCACUAUUACAGUCGGGCUCUUUAAAGGUCUGCGUCCUGAGUGACGGCAGUAACGCAGCUGCACUUGAAGCCUCUGCACUGGCUACACCAGAAAAAGUGCAAUUUUCUGUGUUUCGUCUGGAGCAGGACAUCUCUGGAUCUUUACAACUGCCUCAUUUGAGUGAGACAGGACUUCUGUAAGUGAGCGAACAUCUGGUGCAAAACAAAAAAAGAGUCUCACGUUCUAUAAGCUACAUAACUAUGAAAUUCUCUUUAAAAAUGAUGUACUUUUCUUCUGUCAGCAGAGUUUCAGAGUUUGUCAGGAGUGUGCUUCAACUAAAAGAGAACUGUACAGGGAAGCUUUUACAGAAUAUUUGUAUGUUGGCAGAGAGAACAGGGUGCCUGUGCAACACACUGCAUUGAGACUGUUGUUAUAUAACAAAUGCUGUUGCCUUUACUGAUUUGCUAAGUGCUUUAAACUCCAGUCUUGCACGCACCCUCUGUUACUAGAGAGCCAUCCAGCAUAUCAGCCAAGUACAAACCUGUAGGUCUACACGGUUUUUCUUUUUCCUUGCGGUCUUACUCAGAUCUGUAUUUUCAAUAGACCAUGAUUGUAACUGAAACACAGUGUAUAAUUUAUUUCAACAUUUUGAUUGCUGUCACUGUAUUGAACACAUUUUGUAUCUGGGUAAUUAUUUUUGCAAAGGCCAAAGUGACAUUCCAAUGUCGGUAUCUAAUUUCAUUAGAUAAUUUCAAGAGAUUGUCAUUAAUUUUGCAUUAAGUUUAAUAGCGCAUUGGUAGACAACACACCUGUAAAACUUGUCUCCAAGGAUUUAUAUCAGAUUUUGAAACAGCAACAGAAAUUUUCCUCCUGUCUUUUUUAUGCUGUACUGUACUUCUAUUAACAUGGAUUGUUUACUAUAAGUAAAUUUUAUUUAUCUUUUGUUUAUUUAUUUAAAUCAAAGCCAUACAGGCACUCAGAGGAUUUGACAAAUAAUGAUUGUUAAAUAUUUUUGUUGUGGUUAGUUCUCUUAUGUACAUAGUAUUUUUUGAUUUUGAUUUGUAGUAUAUAAUCGUGUUGGAUCUAUUUAACUGCUGCUCUUAGCAUUACUGGAUAUAACUGGUACAGGAAACUGAUAGGAGGGGUCAUAUUGUGCCAGAUUUAAAAAAAAAUCUUACAGUUAACAAUGUCAUGGAGGGGAUUGUGUCCCAACCAUAACUAUACAUAACCUUCAACAAAAUCUUUGUGUGAAAAGAAAGGUGAAAUGAGUUUGUAUUGCUAUUUGAACUUGUUUUGUGAAACUGUUUCAACCUUCACACAAAUAUUCUUGUCUUAUAUGUUUAUAAAAUUAUUUUUCUACAUAAAUCCUUUGUGUUAUGUUGUUUUGCAAUAUUAUAUGGGUUGUGUACUUUUUUUGGUACAAAUACAUUACAGAAACAGGGAGGGAAUGAAAGAAACAGCAAUAUGGAGCCACCAGCUCAUAUAAAAAAGUGUAAAAGUGCUGAUCUGGGACAGAUAUCCAUUUUUUUUACAGAUAGGAAAGGCAGGAACUGGUCCUGGAGCUAAACCGGUUGAUAACUGUGAUAUAGGUAAAAUAGUGUAUAGGAAGAGAGAGAGAUGUAGUAAUACUUGUGCGCUGACUUAAACAGCGAUGAGUCAGGCCUUCAGUGACACAGUUGGAAUGUUGAGAAUGAACAGAUAAUACCUUAGAACAGAGAAGUAACUGGAAUUCAAACUGUACUCUCAUUUUGGUAUAUAGCCAAUCAUUGCUGGAAACAGUGAUUAAAAGAUCACGUUUCUACUUUGCUCACUGAUGUUCAGAUUACUUUUUAGUGCAUACUUUGCAAGUCAGAACUCGUGUAUCACUCUGGUGACACUCUUGUGCUAUUGUGAAAUAAAUGUUUUUCAAAUGA